CGCCUCCCUCCUGCAGCCCAGCCCCAGCCAGCUCCGCGUCUACGCCGCCGCCUGCUCUGGCCGGGCCAGGUCAGAGACGGAGCAUGGAACCUGGGGAGCCCCGGGAGCCCCAGGAGCCCCGCGAGCCCGGGCCAGGAGCGGAGACCGCUGCGGCCCCGGUCUGGGAGGAAGCCAAGAUUUUCUACGACAACCUCGCGCCCAAGAAGAAACCUAAAUCGCCCAAGCCUCAGAAUGCAGUCACCAUUGCUGUGUCCUCCCGAGCCUUGUUUCGCAUGGACGAGGAGCAGCGGAUCUAUACGGAGCAGGGCGUGGAGGAGUACGUGCGCUACCAGCUGGAACAUGAGAACGAGCCCUUCAGUCCCGGGCCAGCCUUCCCUUUCGUGAAGGCUCUGGAGGCCGUGAACAGGCGGCUGCGGGAGCUGUACCCCGAUAGUGAGGAUGUCUUCGACAUCGUCCUCAUGACAAACAACCAUGCUCAAGUGGGUGUCCGCCUCAUCAACAGUAUCAACCACUAUGACCUGUUCAUCGAGAGGUUCUGCAUGACAGGUGGGAACAGCCCGAUCUGCUACCUGAAGGCCUAUCACACCAACCUCUACUUGUCAGCCGAUGCGGAAAAAGUGCGAGAAGCCAUUGAUGAGGGGAUCGCAGCUGCCACCAUCUUCAGCCCCAGCAGAGACGUGGUUGUGUCCCAGAGUCAGCUGCGCGUGGCCUUCGAUGGGGACGCUGUGCUCUUCUCGGACGAGUCGGAGCGCAUCGUCAAGGCCCACGGGCUGGACCGAUUCUUCGAGCAUGAGAAGGCCCACGAGAACAAACCUCUGGCUCAGGGCCCCUUAAAGGGCUUUCUAGAGGCACUGGGUAGGUUGCAGAAGAAGUUCUACUCCAAAGGCCUGCGGCUGGAGUGCCCAAUUCGUACCUACUUGGUGACAGCACGCAGUGCAGCCAGUUCCGGGGCCCGGGCUCUGAAGACCCUGCGCAGCUGGGGCCUGGAGACAGAUGAAGCCUUGUUCCUCGCUGGAGCGCCCAAGGGCCCCCUCCUCGAGAAGAUCCGCCCACACAUCUUCUUUGAUGACCAGAUGUUCCAUGUGGCUGGGGCUCAGGAGAUGGGCACUGUGGCUGCCCAUGUGCCUUAUGGUGUGGCACAGACACCCCGGCGGACUGCACCUGCAAAGCAGGCCCCAUCUGCACAGUAGCUGAACCACCAGCUUUACUGAUCCACAUCACUCCAGGCUCCCUGACACACUUCGACACCUCCUCUGGUAGAUCCCUCUAGUUUCUCACUGUUCUGUCCUUCUGCCUGUCUGCCCUCAUCCCUAUGAGUGAUGUACUUGUAGGAAAUUAUGCAGACGGGACUGGCAUUCUCAACAUCUCUCCUCUGGGGCAAAUUCUGUGCCAUGAUCCUGAGUAGGACAGUAGGACUGUGCAGAGUAGCUGGAUUUCAGGGGGGAAGUUAAUGGGUCUGAGAGAGGGAGGGUCAGAGAAGCCAGGAUUUCUCAAAAGUGACUUAGGAUGAAAACUAGCUCAAUGUGGUGUAAAGAACACUGCUAUGGGAGAGAGUGGAUCUGGCUUCUAAGCUCUGUCCUGGUAUUAACUGCAUGACUUUGAGUAAUCCCUCCCCUUCAUGGGCCCCAGUUUCUCCAUCUUUUGGGCGGUUUUCAAGCUCCCUUUUAGCCAAAGCAGCUUGGUUCUUUAAGAUCGCCCUCUUAGAAGGAAGCAUUCUGUGUCAGUGCUGCUGCUGGUAUGUAUGGCACCUUUGUGCAAAUUACAAAAGAACACUGUCUAGGUGAAUGAAGAACAAAAAGACAUCCCUUCCUCUGGCCUGACCCAGUCCCAUGCUGGGGUACACAGUUUAGCAGGAUAGAGGCUGGACUUCAGCCCCCAUGUGUCCCCUCAGCUCAGAGGCCUUUGUCAAAUGGACAAAAUGCAAAAUCGCCCCCAGCAACUCUAUCUAUAAUUUUACACAUUUUGAAACCACUGGACAAGAUGACCUAUCUGCUCCUGUGAUUCUCUAACGUGAAUGGUCAUCAGGGCUCAGCCCAGGAAGCAAGGGGAGCGAAUUGGACAUGCAUACAGACUCUCCUCCAGCCAGCAGGGGGCACUGCAGGCUCUUCCUGGGGAGGAGCAUUCGUAGUUGCCUGCUUAGUGUUUCCUUUGCUCUUGCUUUGAGCCAAAGUUCAGUUGCUCUUUCCUGCCAAGACCCUCACUUCCACCACCCUCACUCCCCCAGUUAUUGCAUCCUGUUGAGCAGCUCUGCUGGUGGGGAACGGGACAGAGCAUGGGUGUCUACUGUUGUGGCCCCAAUUCUAGGGGAAGAAAGUGCAGUGGCUGAGGUAGGUGGUUGUCCAGGCUGAGCCCCAGGGUGAGGUGCUGCCUGGGGUGAAGUGGGAAGUGUCAGGAGGUCUGGUGUGAGACAGAAGGUACUGAGACAGUGACGCUUGGAGAGGAAGGAGCUGAAAUGUGCACUAGCAGAAUUCUCCAGCUAUGGGAUUGUGAGUGGAAGGCCAUUCAGAGGCUGCCUUUGGAGGUAAUGAGCUCUCCAUCAGUGGAUACUGAGCAAGGGCUUCCAGGAUGAGAUGACCUCCCCAUGAAAUGCAUCAGCAGAUCCUCCACAUUUGCAGGAGCCCCUGCGGCCCCUUCUUCACCACUUUCAGAGGAGAACUCUCACUGCUUGAUGAGUCAGCCUCCUCCUGUGCUGAGCAUCCCUGGCUCUCUCCGGAGGGAGGGUGGAAGCACCAAUGGCUGGUCCCCAUGAAGACAGAAGGCGUGAGCAGACAUCUGUGUGUGGGCUGAUUGCCAGGCUUCUAGGAGGAAUCCUAGUCAUGAGCAAGCGCUUUGUAAAGAAAACCACAAGUAUCAUGAGAGGGGCAGAAGCCUGGAGGUGUGGUGGCAGGAAAUAGGGGAGGAGAGCACCCUGGGGUUUUUGAUCUUUGUCCUUCUGGGGACUCAGCUCAGGGUCUGAAUGGGCACAGGUUCUGUGCAAUGUGGGGCAGGGUAAGAGAUGCAGAAAGAUAUUUCAGGAAGGAGAACAAAGUGAGAAGGCACAGGUGGUUCUCAAAAUGAGCAAUGAUUUGGGCCAGAAGAGAAAGGCUGGGCUGGGCUUUUGCUGUGAUUGUCAGAGGUCUCCAUGAGGCUGGUCCCAGGGAGGAAGGGUAUGGUUGUGUGGAGUGACUGGGACAGAAACCCACAGUGACUGCUUUAUCAGGGGACACUGGCAUUAUUGCCCCUAGAAGAUAUGAUAAUGUCUUUGCACAAGGUCAUUUCCACGGCACAGCCAGGAUCCUUCUGGCUAACAGAGGAGGCCUUGGGGCGGAAGACCCGGGUUGUGUCUCUACUUCCAGAGCUCCAAGCCUAGACAGAGGUACUGUGAGGGCCAAGAACAACCUCAAGGAAACAAAAAAGAAGUGAAGGAGGGAGCUCAGCCCCUGAGUCUCCUUUAUUCUUGGCUGAACCGCAGAAAGUCCCUCUCCUUCUCACUCCCAGGGGUCAGAAUCACCCCCGUGGAAGAGCCUCCAAGGCUCACAGAACCAGUGACGGCAAGAAGCCUCCAAGGCCGGGCACAGCCCAGGCUCACAGCGUGGCAGCAGGCUGCCUGACCGGGGUGGACCUGUGCACUGGGGAUGACACCAGAUGUCACCUAAUUAAGAUAAACUGCAGGGAUUCUGGGACCUGUGUGGUCUUGCCCCCAGGGCCUGGUGAUGAACACCACUGAUGAUUCCAUGUCUCUCAGGAAGCAGGAAAAUAUGAUGCUGGAAGCAGAAAGAUAAGGUGCAGUAAAAGCCAUGGAUUUCACUGGAGCCAUCAUUAAUAGACACAGACAGCCCUGGGCAAUGGAGAAACACUAAGAGUCUAAAUUCUAUUAUUGAAAUCACAAAUGAGCAUCUCAGGCCUGGAAAAAAGCUUUCAGUCACUGGAAUAAAAAGCCAGAAAUCUGAGGGGCAGUCUUAGGCAGCAGUUACACGGGCCUUCUGAUUGUCUUAGAGGUGAGGAGGUGCCCAGGGAUAAGGAACAUUGAGUGUUGUUCACCAGGAAAUUAAAAAGCCAGGUGAACACCAAAGUCCCAGGCCUAACCAGGGAAUGCAGUACUGAGGCGGAGCAGCCACGGCUUCUGUAACACUGGACCCCUUUAGCUGAGAGCACAACUUCCCCAACAAGCCCUGCAGAACACUGGUUCCAGGAGAUGCCUGCCAGCAAAAUCCCAGAGCCAAUGGGACUGCUGCUUAGCAGAAAAAUGGAAGCCCUGUUACUAAGCACUGAGACUGCUCAGCCAGUUGCAAAACAUCCCCCUCUCCUAUCUGAGAGCCCAAUCAGAGUAGUGGGGAUAUAUCAGAAUGUGCCAGAAAAAAAUAGAAACUAGCAAGAAGUUCAAAGCCAAGAUGGAUUUGGCAUUAUAAUGACACUCAAUUGGUGUGCACCAGUACAGCCAAACUGAUGACUAAAAUCUUGAAAUACCUCCAUAGCAGUUGGUAAAUAAUGCUGCGCUGAGUCCCCUGAAUGUCUCUUCGUGGCCUCAGCUGACCUUUCCACUGUGAGCGCUCCAUUUUCCCACAAUGCAGCCUCUAGGAGGCUGCAGCGGCACUGUGGCCGGUGUCUACUCUGUUUUGUGGUGUCCACUCUGUUUUCUGGUGUCCUGGCCAUGCUGGUUUAGGGAGGUAAAGUAACUUGCCCAAAGCCAUAGAGCUAGUAAGUGGCAGUGCUGGGACUCAAACUCAUGUCCAUCUGAUUCUAGGACCCAGGUUUUCAACCAUUUUGUCAUACUGCUCAUACAUAUGCAUGGAGAUAGCCAGAAAAGCUCCAUUCUGAGGUCUUCACUAAAGGAGUUUACUUAUCCGACAGUUAACAUGUUGAUUUCCUGCAUGGUGAAAUGCUGGAAUACAUUUGAGUGGGUGCUUUUAUUAUAGCUUCCUAAACAGCUACAAAUAAUUUAAAUUAGAGCCAAACAUUUGUGAACCCCCGGAAGCACUUCCAAACAAUCCCAAGUUCUGUGAAGACCCCUGUUUUGGGCUAAUGCAGAGUUUGGCAAACUCUGGGCCCACGGGCCAAAUCUGACCCAUCACCUGUUUUUGUAAAGAAACUUUGACUGGGGCCAGGCACGGUGGCUCAUGCCUGUAAUCCCAGCACUUUGGGAGGCCAAGGCGGGUGGAUCACAAGAUCAGGAGAUCGAGACCAUCCUGCCCAACAUGAUGAAACCCCGUCUCUACUAAAAAUACAAAAAUCAGCUGGGCGUGGUGGUGCACAUCUGUAGUCCCAGCUACUCGGGAGGCUGAGGCAGGAGGAUCGCUUGAACCCGGGAGGCGGAGGUUGCAGUGAACCGAGAUCACUCCACUGCACUCCAGCCUGGCAACAGGGUGAGACUCUGUCUCAAAGAAAAAAAAAAAAAGAUAAAAGAAACUUUGAUUGGAACACAGCCAUGCCCAUUUGUUUACAUAUGUUUAUGACUGAUUUCACACUGCAACAGCAGAGUUGAAUUUUUGCAACAGAGGCUGCAAGCCAAAAAUAUUUAUUAUCUGGCCCUUUACAGAAAAAUGUGUGGACCCCUGGGCUAAGGCAGACAGCCUGGCUGAUGCCUCAGUGGGAUGAGCCAGGUCACAUCCACCUAUGCAUCUGUGGGCGGAGGUUGGCUCCACUGCCGAAGGGAAGGGACAUGGGGUUCCAUGCCCAUCUGAAGAUUCCAAGUUUUGACUAUUUUCAAGCGACCCAUGGCUCAUGGUAAUUUGCGGUUUUGUUGAUGCACUGAUUUGACUUGAGUGUGCUCUCCCAAGCUGAUGAGUGAGAGGGCAGGAGCAGGGCCCUUGGCUGGGGAUGAGCCCAGCUGGCUGUCCAGCAUGGCUUUGUAUUCCCGACUCAUUUCCUCAUGGCGCCUCUCAGGCAAUGGUGAGCCUAGUGGGUGGAUGGGCAUUAGCUAAACAUGAGUUUUGGAUAGACUGAAGUGCCCAGUGUUGAUUUCAGCAGCUCCGAGCCAACAGGGUCAUCCAUGUACUUUCUGUGAAAGCAAGAACAAGUCUGUCGUGAAGAGGGUCCCGUGAGGACUUUAGCCGGUUCAGAAGUUACUGAUCAAGUGAGAGAGAAAACUCCUGUAACAGCUGGAAUGGCGGUUUCUUGUGGCAUGAAGGCAUGUGAGCAAUAAACACAAAUACCCCUCAUAAUGGAAUCGUGGAUCAGGAGAAUUCUAGGACUCUGCAAAUUUAGAGAUUUACCAGGCUUCCAGGAUCCACUGCAAGAACAGACAGUAUGGAAGACGCCCCAUCUAUAGCCAUCAUUGCUGUCGCUAUGCCAUCGUGAUACUCUUCUCCACCAAGCCCAGACUGGGUCUCAGAAUCUUUCUCUACCCAGCAUUCCAGGCAGCCACUACCAGUGGGCUGGAGCUGGUGUGAAAGAUGAAACCUAUUUUGCCAUCCCUAUUGGCGUUGGGUUUUGCUAUCCAGGAGGCAUGCGAGGCCCGGAAUGUUCAUCCUCUGAGGAUAUGACGCAACUCUGAGGAUAUCAGAGUCUCACCUGACUCGGGUAGAACACAAGGAGGUGGAUGAAUAGCAUCGUGUGGCUGGCGGCUUCCCGGAUCAUGGGUUUUAUCUAGUCUUUUUUUUUUUUUUUUUUUUUUUUUGAUACGGAGUCUUGCUCUGUUCCCCAGGCUGGAGUGCAGUGGCGCGAUCUUGGCUCACUGCAAGCUCCGCCUCCCGGGUUCACGCCAUUCUCCUGCCUCAGCCUCCCGAGUAGCUGGGACUACAGGCGCCCGCCACCACGCCCGGCUAAUUUUUUGUAUUUUUAGUAGAGACGGGGUUUCACCGUGUUAGCCAGGAUGGUCUCGAUCUCCCGACCUCGUGAUCCGCCCGCCUCGGCCUCCCAAAGUGCUGGGAUUACAGGCUUGAGCCACCGCGCCCGGCCGCGGUUUUAUCUAGUCUUAAAGCAAAACACAAAACCACCUCCUUUCUGCCAGUAGGUGGCACUGCAGGCUGGCACGCAGCUGCUGGCGGUAGUCAAGUGAUUGCACCCACUGAUUUACUUUUCUCUCCUUCUGACUUAGUGCUGCGCUGGAGUCUCCCCACGGUUAGCUCUAGCCAGCCAAAAAGGACUUCAGGUGCUCUGGAAAUGUUUGCUAAAUAUGCCCGAGUGACGAGCCGAUUGCUCUUGCCAGCAAUUACUGUGAUUGUGUGUAUGGAUGCACACAUACAAGUUUGUGCAACAGGAUAAAAAUCGUACACGUACGUGUAUUUAUGUGGGUGUGUGUAAUGGGUCAGAUAUCUCAGCCAAUGACUCUGUGUGUGUGUGUGUGUGUGUACUCACUAUGUGUACAGAUGGUUAUCUCUGUUAACUGAGUGUCCUGGGACCCACAUACUGAUGGCCAGCCCUAGGAUAGUUGUACCCAUUUCCAUCAUAACAUAGGCAUUUGCAUAUGUGCAGCUUGGGGGCCACCGAGACCAGCCCCCAACCUCUGGCCAAGAAAGUCUGGGCUCCUAACCCUCUGCCUCCUACCCCUACUCCUGAGCCUUGGGAAGGAAGUGGUAGAAUCUGUGUAAGGACAACCCUUUUGACUAUACCUGCCUCAUCAUCUCCAUUUGUUUCUUCCCUCCCCCUAACAGUGCCAAGGCCAACAUGUCCAGUUGGGCAGACUGUGCACUGCAAAAAUCUAGAGGGCGCCAUUGGUACUGUGACAUGGGUGGUACCUCUUAGACAUCUGCACAACCUGCCAACUGUAUACACAUGCCCUGGUCAUCUCAUAGCCAUGGUUAGGAAAGUUGCCUUCCUUCCCCCGCACCAGCCCUGCCCAACCUAGACAAAGAUUCCUGCCUCUGCUUGAGUGUUCUAAUGUGGCCCAGAAGUAACUUACCAUUGACCUUAAUUGGGAAGUAUCUCCCUGAUGGGCCAUCCCCUAGAGGCCUUUGGAAUUCCAUUUAUAAAAGUGAAAUGUGGCUGGGAACUUUUCAGUUACUCAUCUUUGCAAAGUGAAAGCCUCUGUAAGGCAAACCAAAGCUGCGAAGACCGGGGUCACUGACUCCCACACUCCUGGCCUGUGGGUGAAUAUAUGCCUUCAUGGCCAUCUGCCACGGAAUUAGGGUAAAGGCCUCAAGGCUAGUCUUGUAGCUAACUGCCACCAAGAAGCCAACCAAGAAAAUCACUGAGGUCACCCUAGACUGGAUGCCUGGGCCAGGGUCACAAACCCCAAUGCCUACAGGGGCGAGGCAGGAAACAUAAAUGAGUGGAGAGGAUUAAGCCAGGUCUUCAUUGAGAAUGGAGAACACUGUGGUCUGCCACGGUUGCUGCCACCUGGGAAUGUGGCCUGAGGUUGCCGGAUAGUCCACCCCAUUUUUGAAGAGAAGCUGGGAAUCUGGACUUUUAAAUGUUGGCAACUAUUUUGAAUUUAGAAAACACCAUCCAGGCCAAAUAAAACAUAUUCUGUAGCCGAGAUCCGGCCCUCGAAUCUCUAGUUUGCAUCCGCUGGCCCAGGCCCAGAGACUUGGGUUUUUAAGACCCAAGUCCCUGAGAGUCUGAGGAUAUUACACUCAGAUUCUCAGUGUUGGAUCUUUAAGAGACCUGAGAGAUGACCUAGCUCAGCCUUUGUGUGUUCAAAACUGCAUAUGUACAAACUUCUUUUUUUUUUUUUUUUGAGAUGGAGUCUCACUCUGUCACUCAGUCUGGAGUGCAGUGGCACAAUCUUGGCUCACUGCAACCUCCGCCUCCUGGGGUCAAGCAAUUCUCCUGCCUCAGCUUCCUGAGUAGCUGGGAUUACAGGUGCUCGCCACCAUGCCCAGCUAACUUUUUGUAUUUUUAGUAGAGAUGGGAUUUCACCAUAUUGGCCAGGCUGGUCUCAAACUCCUGACCUCAGGUGAUCCGCCAGCCUCUGCCUCCCAAAGUGCUGGGAUUACAGGCGUGAGCCACCACACUCGGCCUACAAACUUCUUUAUUAACGUAAUAGUGCACAUAUACUUAACUUCUGGUUUCUACUUAAGAGCAUCUCAAUAACCUCCAAUAUAGAACACGGUGAAAAAUGAAACCUGUAUGCAUAAUGUGCUUGUAUCUACCUGUCAGAAGCCCUUUGCUUUGAUAGCAUUUGCUGCCUCAGUCUUCCUCAUCACCCAACCUCUCUGGGUUGCUUGUUAUGAUAAACCUAAGUGCCUCCAUAAUUGGUUAGAGCAUGUGUUUCUUCAUCUUUGUGACUCCCCUUGUCUGGGGAUAAGACUGCUUGUACUUCUCCCAGCUUUGCCCUCUUUGGCCUGCUAGUAGCACACCCUAUCGAUCCAGACCUGUCUGGCUCUUUGUAGCAUUUACCUGGUCACAUGAUAAAGGGUGCUGAGUGCUUGCCAGUGUGGGUCCCUGUCACUUCUCAUGCAUGUCCUAUACCUUAAUUUUACCACAUGUGCUUCUGCUUCUUAAAAGCCAUUCAAAUAAAUGGAGAGGUUUUUCAUUAA